UUUCAUCUCCUUCAAAAACACCAACUCAAAAAUAAUCUCUUUUUUUUUUAUCCAUUUCCAGCUUUCUUAAUUUCUUCAGCUCCAUCAAAUUUUUCAAAACACCAAAUCUUCAAAAUCCUUGUUUUAAAUUUCAAGUUUUUUUUUCUUGGUUAAAACUAGAUGUUAGAGAUAUGGAGAUGAGUGCCUCAAGGAGAACACCGGAGCCGGAGAGCGAAACGCCGUCGCAGAUCCAACCGGCAAAGCCCAUAUCUUUCACCAAUGGCGUCCUCAAGCGUCACAAGCCACACACCCACAAUCCCCAUUCGCCACCCAUUGUCAUAACCUACAAAGAGUGUCUCAAGAACCAUGCAGCCACUUUGGGUGGCCAUGCUCUCGACGGGUGUGGCGAAUUCAUGCCUUCCCCGACAUCUGCACCCACCGACCCCACUUACCUCAAAUGUGCCGCUUGUGGCUGCCACCGUAACUUCCACCGCCGCGAACCCGAAGUCGAAUCUUCUCCCGCAAGCGCCACUCCCACGAUAGAAUACCUCCCUCAACACCGCCACCAUCCACCCCCACCUACUCCGACUAGUCAUAACUCAGCAUCUCCACCGCCGAUCUCAUCGUCUUACCACACUUCAGCUCCCCACGUGCUUCUAGUUCUCUCAGGAGGUCAAACCACCGGUGCAUUAGACAACAACACUCACCUACCUUCAAACACUUCAAAUCUGGGUUCGAACCCGAAGAAAAGAUUCAGAACGAAGUUCACUCAGAUCCAGAAAGACAAGAUGCUGGAAUUUGCUGAAAAAAUCGGGUGGAGGAUUCAGAAAAGAGACGAACAGCUGAUUCAAGAAUUUUGUAGGCAAGUUGGGGUCCAUAGAGAGGUGUUGAAAGUAUGGAUGCAUAACAACAAGAACACUUUUGUGAAGAAAGAUGAAGCCAAUAACCUCCACACUGGACUCAACCAUGAAGACAAAAACAAUGGCCAGAAUCUGAAUCUGAUCCAUCACUUCGAAACUGUUGAUUGUGUUGCUCAUACUGGAACAAAUGCCUCUUCAUCACCCUCUUGACCUUCGGGUGGAGAUAAUAAGCUCUUAAGAGU